ACGCUCAAAUACCAAUACUACCCCCACACCGUUCUUACACAGCUAAGCCCCUAGAUUGAUUCCUCAUACCUGUCUUCUCCCCUACCCUUUUUAUCCUCUCUUUUUCUCUCUCUAAUUUUGUCGGUGUUACAGAUCUCUCAGCUACCAAGCCUCCCUCCCUCCCUCUCUCUCUAUGUUUCUUUCUCUCGGCUUUCAAUUAUGAGAUUGAGUGCUAUAUUAUAGCACUUGUGUAUCAUAGUUUGCUGCUUGGUGUGGGAAAUAUUUGGGAUUGGAGGGCAAGGUGUGCAUGAGGGAUCUGUUGCUUUUGGAUUGCAUUCUUCUAUGUUUCGUGAAGGGAUUUGGAGGAAGAAGAAUAAGGAGGGACUGUGGGCUUGUGAUCCGUAGCAGGGGUAGGUGGGGCAAAUGUGGCUGAGUUUGACAUUUUGAGCGAAUUCGAGGCCCGCGUUUUCUGUGUUUCUGCCUGAUCGCAAUUUGGGAACAGGUUAACCUGACUCGUUGGAAACUGGUUUCUGGGCUUGGCUAAAAAUGCAGCAAGAUCAGAGAAAAAAGAAUUCAUCUGAGAUGGACUUUUUCUCCGAAUAUGGCGAUGCCAAUAGAUACAAGAUUCAGGAAGUUAUUGGGAAAGGAAGUUAUGGUGUUGUUUGCUCAGCAAUUGACACUCAUACUGGUGAAAAAGUGGCAAUAAAGAAAAUACAUGAUAUAUUUGAGCACAUAUCGGAUGCUGCGCGCAUUCUUCGCGAGAUAAAGCUGCUUAGACUUCUACGACAUCCCGAUAUAGUCGAAAUAAAACACAUUAUGCUUCCACCAUCAAGAAGGGACUUCAAAGAUAUAUAUGUUGUUUUUGAGCUCAUGGAGUCAGAUCUUCAUCAAGUCAUCAAAGCCAAUGAUGACCUGACACGAGAACACUAUCAGUUCUUCCUGUACCAGCUACUUCGUGCGUUGAAGUAUAUUCACACCGCAAAUGUCUACCAUCGAGAUUUAAAACCGAAGAAUAUAUUGGCAAACGCAAACUGUAAACUUAAAAUUUGCGAUUUUGGUUUAGCCAGAGUUGCAUUCAGUGAUACGCCUACAACAAUAUUUUGGACGGAUUAUGUUGCUACAAGAUGGUAUAGAGCUCCAGAGCUUUGUGGAUCAUUUUUUUCAAAGUAUACCCCAGCAAUUGAUAUCUGGAGUAUAGGCUGCAUAUUUGCUGAGGUAUUAACUGGGAAACCACUUUUUCCUGGAAAAAAUGUCGUGCAUCAGCUGGAUUUGAUGACUGAUUUACUUGGGACGCCUUCAUUAGAUACCAUUUCUCGGGUUCGUAAUGAGAAAGCAAGGAGAUACUUAACAAGUAUGAGGAAAAAGCAGCCUGUGCCAUUUGAACAGAAGUUCCCGAAUGUCGAUCCUUUAGCACUUCGACUAUUGGAAAGGUUGCUUGCCUUUGAUCCAAAAGACAGGCCUACUGCUGAAGAGGCGCUUGCCGAUCCUUACUUCAAGGGACUGGCUAAAGUUGAGAGAGAACCUUCCUGCCAACCUAUUACAAAGAUGGAGUUUGAAUUUGAGAGGCGAAAGGUCACAAAGGAGGACAUACGAGAGCUAAUUUUCCGUGAGAUACUUGAGUAUCAUCCUCAACUACUAAAAGACUACAUGAAUGGAACUGAGAGGACUAAUUUUCUCUAUCCAAGUGCCGUGGAUCAAUUCCGAAAGCAGUUCGCGUAUCUUGAGGAAAACGGUAAUAAGAGUGGACCAGUACUUCCACUUGAAAGAAAGCAUGUGUCUCUUCCAAGGUCUACAAUUGUACAUUCAAGUACAAUCCCUCCAAAAGAGCAAUCAAAUAUUGCUUCCUCCAAAGAUAUACAAACGGCAGAGGUGGGAUACAACAAAAACUCCAGAGAUAAAGAUGGAGUUCCAAUGAAUGUUGGGAGAACCAUGCAGACAUCACAGAGGAUUCCACUGGCCAAACCUGGAAAAGUUGUUGGCCCAGUUGUACCAUAUAAUAAUGGAAACGUCAAGGAUAGCUAUGAUCAAAGAACGGCUAUGAGAAGUGCAGUCCUACCUCCGCAGGGUGCCCCUCCUGCAUAUUAUUAUCGCAAAUCUAGUUCUGGAAAUCAAGAAAGAUCUGCUACUGAAACUCAGAGGGAUUUAUCCUUUCAAGCAAAACAAUCCCCUCAAUGUGUAACGGCUGCAAAAUUAGCGCCAGAUAUAGCUAUCAACAUCGACAACAACCCAUUUUUUAUGACACGGGCUGGAGUGACCAAGGUAGAACACAUUGAUGAUCGAAUAGCUAUAGACACAAAUUUACUGCAGGCAAAGGCUCAGUAUGGUGGGAUUAGUGCUGGUUCUGCUGCUGCGGCCGGUUCUCAAAGAAAGGUUGGGUCUCUUCAGUAUGGUAUGACAAGGAUGUACUAAGGAAAAAGUUGUCACAGCUAUUUCGGCAAAAUGAAGUAAUACAUGCUGAGGAAGGCUUUCUUGGGAAUGUGAUGGUUAUUCAGGGUCGAGCGAGUACAAACUACAAAGAAUGAGGAGAUGGACUACUAAUUUCCGCGAAAGAGCCCGCUUUCUCUAUGUUAGACGCUUAGUGUUUGUCACGGGAAACAAUAUUUUAGUUAAAUUACAUUUUUCAAAUUCAUAGAAACUUCUUCCUUC